AUGUCUAAAUUGGGAAAACAUUCUAUGCUUAUUCUUGUCUUAAUAUUUGAAUGUUUGUUUAUUUGCGUUAAUGGUGCGCACUUUGUGCUAGUUCAUGGAUCGGGUCAUGGUGCAUGGUGUUGGUAUAAGGUUGCAACUAUGUUAAAACAUGGUGGUCAUAAUGUUACAACACUGGACAUGGCUGCUUCUGGAAUCAAUCCAAAACAAGUGCAAGAGAUUCGAUCAAUUUCAGAAUAUUAUGAACCUUUGAUGACAUUCAUGAACUCUGUUCCUCCAAAGGAGAAAGUGAUUUUGGUGGGUCAUAGCUUUGGUGGGAUACCUGUGUCUGUUGCCAUGGAAAAGUUUCCUCAGAAAAUUUCAAUUGCUGUUUUUGUUUCUGCUGGUGUUCUUAGUGAGAACCUGACUUCCGCUACUGUUAACCAAGAGACAUUUAGAAGAGCGGGUUCGUUUAUGGACACAAAGUUUUUGUUCUUUGAUGGGCCAAAGAAACCUCCAACUGCAUUCUUAUUAGGACCCAAACAUGCGGCAUCUAAGUUAUAUCAAUUAUCACCAUCUCAGGAUUUGACGCUUGCAUUAACAUUGGUGAGGCCACACCCUUUGUUUAAUAAUGUUGAAUUAUUGUUGAGAGAAACAUUCGUGACAAAGCAGAGGAAUGGGAGGGUACCAAAAGUUUUCAUCAUGAACAAAAGUGACAAACUCGUAAAAGAGGAUAUUCAACGAUGGGUCAUUGAGAGAACAGCUCCAUAUGCUGAGGUGAUGGAGAUUAAGGGUUCGGAUCACAUGGUCAUGCUUUCCAAACCCAAAAAGCUUAGCUCUCAUCUUCUAAAUAUUGCCUACAAAUUUUGA